AGAUGCUGCUCAGCUGGGGGGUCGCUCUGCUGCUGCUGCUGGGGGGGGGCCAGGCUCAGAGCGGGGACGGAGACACACACAUGGAACCCAGGAUCAGCUGCUGCUCCCACAUCACCACAGAGGAGAACAGCCUGACCUGUCGGCUGCUGGGGGGCCGCACCGACGACGAGGACGAUGAAGAUGAUGAUGAAGACGGCAUAAAGAAAAUGACCCUGUGUUACACCGACUGGAACUCGGAGCUGCACCGCAGGGUCCGGUGUGUUCACGGACCUGGGAACACCAUCAGCUUCAAAGCCAAGCCCGUGGUGGAUUUCAACCUGACGGCCGAGCUAAGGAGAGGAGGGAUGGUCUCCACCACCGUCGACCUCAGGAGGAUCGUCAAACCCAGACGCCCUCAGGUGUGGAACGUCACUUUCAGUCCCGAAGCUCACCAGGCGCUCAUUCACAUCCGGACUCCAUACCACAAAGACUACCUGAGAGUGGACAACCAGCUGUUCCAGCUGCACAUCUGGACCACAGGACGCCGCAUGAUUCAGAACGUGUCCUCGGAGGACACCAUGAGGAUGGACAUGGAGCACCUCCAGAGGAACACUCAGUACCACGUGGAGGUGCGUUCGAUCCCCGCCAAGUUCUUCAGAGGCAGCUGGAGCGAGUGGAGCGACACCUUCAGUUUCUUCACUCCUGCAGAGGAAGACGUCCAGGAGGCGUCCACUAACAGGCAGGAGGUGCUGUACGGACUGAUGGUGUGUCUGGUCCCGGUGGUGCUCGUCACCUUCAGCCUCGUUUUCUUCUGGAAGAACAAGAUCUUCACCUACAUGUGGCCGAGCAUCCCUCGUCCAAAAGACACGCUGGUUCAGAUCUGCAAACCCAACAAGGGUCUUCUGUUGAACUUCAACCCUGAGGAGUUCAGUGCUCUGAAAGUCUGUCCAGUGGAGAGGACAGACGUCCGUCCCUGUGAGAACCCGGAGUCUUCAGUCAGUCCUGCAGCUGCUGACAGUUGUCAGUCCAGUGAUCCGUGCUCCACCCAGAACUCGGACUGCAGGAGCACCACCAGCAUCAGCACGGAGGAGCUGGAGCUCUCCGCCCUGCUGAGCCGGGGCUCCUCCGACGGAGAAGACAGCCUCCACAGCGCCAGUCCGUCCCCCGUCAACGUCCUCCAGCUUGGGGACGGAGCCCUCGCGCCUCAGGCUGAAGGCAACAGUGGAGGAAACGAGACCGAGGUGUUUGGAGGGAGUCAGCAGGAGGAGGCCUACGUCACCAUGUCCAGUUUCUAUCAGAUCAAGUAGGUCAGGACCAGGACCAGAGUCUGUUUAUCAAACUUCUGAGAA